AUCUCUAGCCAAUACCAACACUAGCCAUGGCCAUCAAAGUCUUCGGAGCCCCGGGUUCAACCGCAACCCUCCGAGUUCGUGCUUGCCUCGCUGAGAAGGACCUUGACUAUGAGUUCAUUCUCGUCGAUUUGGCCACCAAAGAACACAAGAAGCCUGAAUUCCUUCCUCGUAACCCGUUUGGUCAAGUUCCAGCGUUUGAGGAUGGUGAUCUUAAACUGUUCGAGUCGAGAGCGAUUACGGAAUACAUAGCUAACGCAUACGCCGAUAAGGGGAACGAUCUGAUCUCCAAGGAUGUGAAGAAGAUGGCGAUACAGUCGGUGUGGAUGGAAGUGGAAUCUCACAAAUAUGAACCGGUGACUUCUAUGCUGUUUGUGGAGCUGUGUUUGAAGCCAAUGUGGGGGAUGCCGGUAGACGAGGCGGUGGUGGAAGAGAACGAGAAGAAGCUGGAGGAGGUGMUGGACAUCUAUGAAUCGCGGCUGUCGGAGAGCAAGUAUUUGGGGGGAGAUAGCUUCACGUUGGCGGAUCUGCACCACCUCCCCAACCUCAAGUAUUUGAUGGGAACAAAGGUGAAGAAGGUGUUUGAGGCGCGGCCACAUGUCAGCGCGUGGGCGKCGGAAAUUCUAUCGAGGCCUUCAUGGGUGAAAGUCACGGCGGCUUAAACGUGAUUUUGAUGAGAAUGAAUGGAUGCAAUCUGUGUGCGCAA